AUGUCCUGGAUGUUUGGGCACACCUGGUUACUUCUACUGACGUUUCAUGUAAUAUACUCAUCUCUGGUGAGUCCUUUCUACAUUUAAUUUACCCAACUAGUGUGAUACCAGUCUUUUGAUAGGCCAUUUAUAGUCCGAUCUGUAAUGUCCACGUAUAGUAGACUUUGUAAUAGUCUCCAUUCUAAGUUACUGUUGUCAGAUCUGGCAGGACAUCAAUGUGUGGAUGGACAGAUAUAGUAGUCUACAUAGUUUGAGGGUAAAAUAGUGGCACUAUUGUAAGGAGUUUACGCCCGCUCUGGACUCAGUUCACAUUAUCUCUUACUGAUGAAAUGCGUGAUGAAAGGCAGGAAUCCCUAGCUGCUCAGUAUCAAAUGAUUAUUCCCUCUCAGGUUCCUGUAACGGCGGAGGAGGAGACCAGAGAAUGCAGGGAACAGGAGUACAAGGAUCAGCUUGGGAACUGUAAACCCUGCAAGCAGUGCGACGCCGGGCAGGAGCUAUCAAAGGUUUGAAGCCUAGUAAUGUACCCUAUAUAGACAGUAAAACUUAGACAUCAAUAAAUUAUGGCCUCCUUAAGAGUGCCCUUAAAUGUACUGCACUUUACAUACAGACUUUAAAAAUAUGUGGGAAAUGUACAGUUGAAGUCGGAAGUUUACAUACACCUUAGCCAAAUACAUUUAAACUCAGUUUUUCACAAUUCCUGACAUUUAAUCCUAGUAAAAAUUCCCUGUCUUAGGUCAGUUAGGAUCACCACUUUAUUUUAAGAAUGUGAAAUGUCAGAAUAAUAGUAGCGAGAAUGACUUAUUUCAGCUUUUAUUUCUUUCAUCACAUUCCCAGUGGGUCAGAAGUUUACAUACACUCAAUUAGUAUUUGGUAGCAUUGCCUUUAAAUUGUUUAACUUGGGUCAAACGUUUUGGGUAGCCUUCCACAAGCUUCCCACAAUAAGUUGGGUGCAUUUUGGCCCAAUCCUCCUGACAGAGCUGGUGUAACUGAGUCAGGUUUGUAGGCCUCCUUGCUCGCACAUGCUUUUUCAGUUCUGCCCACACAUUUUCUAUAGGAUUGAGGUCUUUCUGAAAUCCACUCCAAUACCUUGACUUUGUUGUCGUUAAGCCAUUUUGCCACAACUUUGGAAGUAUGCUUGGGGUCAUUGGCCAUUUGGAAGACCCAUUUGCGACCAAGCUUUAUCUUCCUGACUGAUGUCUUGAGAUGUUGCUUCAAUAUAUCCAGAUAAUUUUCCUUCCUCAUGAUGCCAUCUAUUUUGUGAAGUGCACCAGUCCCUCCUGCAGCAAAGCACCCCCACAGCAUGAUGCUGCCACCCCCAUGCUUCACGGUUGGGAUGGUGUUCUUCGGCUUGCAAGUGUCCCCCUUUCUCCUCCAAACAUAACGAUGGUCAUUAUGGCCAAACAGUUCUAUUUUUGUUUCAUCAGACCAGAGGACAUUUCUUCAAAAAGUACGAUCUUUGUCCCCAUGUGCAGUUGCAAACCGUAGUCUGGCUUUUUUAUGGCGGUUUUGGAGCAGUGGCUUCUUCCUUGCUGAGUGGCCUUUCAGGUUAUGUCGAUAUAGGACUCGUUUUACUGUGGAUAUAGAUGCUUUUGUACCUGUUUCCUCCAGCAUCUUCACAAGGUCCUUUGCUGUUGUUCUGGGAUUGAUUUGCACUUUUUGCACCAAAGUAUGUUCAUCUCUAGGAGACAGAACGCGUCUCCUUCCUGAGCGGUAUGCCGGCUGCGUGGUCCCAUGGUGUUUAUACUUGCGUACGAUUGUUUGUACAGAUGAACGUGGUACCUUCAGGCGUUUGGAAAUUGCUUCCAAGGAUGAACCAGACUUGUGGAGGUCUACCAUUUCUGUUCUGAGGUCUUGGCUGAUUUCUUUAGAUUCUCCCAUGAUGUCAAGCAAAGAGGCACUGAGUCUGAAGGUAGGCCUUGAAAUACAUCCACAGGUACACCUCAAAUUGACUCAAAUGAUGUCAAUUAGCCGAUCAGAAGCUUCUAAAGCUAUGACAUCAUUUUCUGGAAUUUUCCAAGCUGUUUAAAGGCACAGUGAACUUAGUGUAUGUAAACUUCUGACCCACUGGAAUUGUGAUACAGUGAAUUAUAAGUGAAACUAUCUGUCUGUAAACAAUUGUUGGAAAAAUUACUUGUGUCAUGCACAAAGUAGAUGUCCUAACCGACUUGCCAAAACUUUAGUUUGUUAACAAGAAAUGUGUGGAAUGGUUGAAAAACGAGUUUUAAUGACUGCAACCUAAGUGUAUGUAAACUUCCGACUUCAACUGUAGUUGUCCCAAUGAUUCCACCUCAGUUGAAUCCGUUUAUAGCAUACUUCAUCACAGUUGAAAGGAAAACAUUUGUCACUGUUCACCUUGAUCUAUAAAAAGGAAAGAGACUAAAACCAUGAUAAAACUGGAUACAAAUAGAUCACUUAAAUCAUGUUGUAACUUCCUAAACCUGAAUAACCUCUGGAUAAGAUAUACCCUUGGUAAAAAAAAAAAAAAAAAAGCUUUUUCAUGCGUUCAUGAAUAGAAUGGAUCCCAGUGUUUAGAAUAGUGAAUCUUAUCCAGGGGACUGAGAGGUUAUUUAUGACUUCCUCUGUUUCAUGGAGAAAAGGGCCAAAUGGCUUUUGUAGAACACUGACCGCUCUUUAAUCAGUCACACCCAUACUUCGACCCUCUGUUGCUGAAUGGAUUCCAUUGUUUUUCCUCAAGUUCCCUGUCCAAGUUAUUGUCUCCAUUGUUUGAAGGAAACCAUGCAUACACUUGCUGUACAGUGAGAGGUGUAUGCCUUUUAUCACUAUUCUUGCCAAAGACAUGGUGUUCUGUGUGGGCUGUGUAGAAACGGGUUGGAAGGCCAUGAGCAAAGUUAGUUUAGCAAUGCUUUUCCUCCUACCACUUAAACAUAUGCUCAGCUAAGCACAGAUUUAAAAAAAAAACGUCCAUCUUAUACUAAAUUGCUGUCUCGUAACAUCUGUUGCACACACACAUUUCUACCAGGUUGCCUUUUAUCUUGGUACACACAGACAUGCAGUCAGUGGUGGUACGCUUCAGUGGGCCUCAUGUUCCUCUGCCAGUUCAACAGCCAUGAAUGCUUGACGCCCUGGGGUCCUGGUUAAUAAUUGGCUGCCUCAUUCAUUCUAAGUGGUAGCGGGAAGCCAUCUCACAGUGGAGGGAGGCUCUAAUAAGGCUGUGUGGCUGCCAUAGAGAUAUAUGGAAUGUGAUUAUACCUUCUUCUGGAUGUCUGCCUGUAUUGUUGCAAAGCAACAUCACAAACAUAAAUUUGCUCUUCGUUCAGGGAACCACCAAAGCAUCAGGGAAGUCCUUUAUUAAAAUGAUCUGAUAUUUGUCAUUUUCAUCAAUAACUUUUUAGCUAGCAAGGGUUGCUUUGUCUUUUUUGCUUUGUCUUUUGGCCUCAUAUCAAACAUACAUACUGUUAAGAACUACAUUCAGCCACCAGAAGUUUCAAAUGACAGAGAUAGCUAAUAUACGAUUCACUCUGACCCGAGUGGUCUCGACAACAAUCUUGAUUAAUGUUGAUUAAGCUUCCUGGCAUUGAGGGUCAGAUUGUUGCAAGCUCUUCUGAGUAUCACACAGGUUUCUGUCUAUUAAAUCCUCAGAAAUUACAGAAGUCUUCGCCUUGUCUUUCAUCCAGCAUUUCUUCACAUUUGAGCAAAUCUAUGAUUCCAAACAAUAUAUACAUACAGGAAUGACUGCCCCACAUAUAGUGCAUGCAUGCUGGGAACUUUGCAUUAAGCCACUGGCAAAGAGGCAACAUGUCUUCGAUUUGUAGACACUAGACAUUGAAAGAGGGUGGCAGUGUGUGGAGAACAUUAGAUGGCACACUGCGUUAACAAACUCAUAUUGUUUUCCGAGCUCAUUCAUUACUGGAUCAGAUGACUGCUGACCCCCCCCCCCCCCCCCCGAGACUCUUGUGAUUCCCUCCUAAUCUCUGAACUAUCUCCCUGUCUGAACAUGCUUUAACCCCAGCCAGCUCUCUCUCUCUCCCCUCCACACAGCUCUACCUCUGUGCUCACCAAAAACUAGAUCUGGUGAUAGGAGUAAAAUUAGACUUGUAAGCACUAGCUUUUGUGCUCACUUUGAGGCUAGGUCAUCCUAAACCCAUGGAAGUAAUGACGCACUUGAAAGAUAAUUUGCCUAUACCCAAUUAGCUCCAUUGAAAUGAGAUAGUAGCAUUAUGUGAUUCCUGGCUGCACCCAAAGAUGGGAUACCUUGACAGCAUCUUUAUUGUAAAAAAAUAAAUAUGUAUCCAUCCAAUUACCAAAUAUGUUUUCUCACAUUAGACACCUGAACAGGUCAGGGUGUUAGACCUUGUUUUGAUCCUUUGUUACUCAGGACAAAGGACUGAAUGAGAUCAUUCCUGGAUGUUACAGCUCUGCCUGGUUGGAGAGGUGACAAGUUGGCUGAGUGCUCCUUUUGUUCUGGGCCCUGGCCUGUGUAAGUGGCAGCCCCUCUACUGCCAUGCAGUGCCACAUGGACAAAGUGUGCCAGCGCUCAGCUUUGUGGGGAUGAAUCCUCCUAGGGCCCCUUCAUCUGGAAGUCGGACCACGCUCCUCCGUCCAAAACCACUCUAAACAGCUCUGCUCUGACUGCUUUGCAGCAGCUAGCCUUCCGUGGCGUGCACUAGGAGAAACCCAGGCUCCAGGGUUCACCAUCCUCCAUGAAUCAAAAUUCUAACUUUAUUUCCUUCUCUCCGUUGUCAUCAUCCCCCUCUCCCUCCCUCUCUCUCUCACCCUGGCUCUGUCUCUCAUCUUUCCACUGUUCCCUGCACUGCUGGUGUGAAGGUCCUUAUAUAGAGAGCACACAACAACAGCUGCAGCCCUGCCCUAGCUCUCCUCCGGCCAGAGCCAAGGUCCAAUGUCGUCUCAUAUGUGUUUGGCUGAAAUGGCCAAAUUCCUAUCUUCUGCCCGACUCUGUGGGGCCAUCACGGGAUCCCAUCUUUGCCACGCUUUUUUUUCUUUCUUCGCCAGUCUGCCCAACCCCCCGGGCUCCUGUGCCCACAUUCCGGUGCGACUGCAUGCCCAGGCGGUGAAACGUGACAAGGUCAAGGAGAGAAGUGCCCUGUUUGAAUCUGACCUUCACGUUAAUGAUAUAUGAGCCUCCCCCCACCCAUCAGUCAGGCUGGGAAUGCAGUGUGGCAACAGUGGACGGGGGCAGCUGCUGCAGACAAUACAAUGACUGAUGUUAUUCCAGCAGGGUCCUUUAACUUGGCGUGGGAUGCGAUGAUCAGUAGGAAUGUAAAUGUUCCUAUGACCAUAUGAAAUCAAGGUUGCCAGCCUCUGUGUGCCAAAUAAAUACUAUAUAGUGCCGAUUAGGAAUCGCAAUAACACUAGACAUCAUUUGAUCCAAGAUGACGUAGCAGUGCGGUCGUGUUUUUUUCUGUGUCCUUGCACGUUUUUUAGUUUUUUGUCUAUUUUGUCUAUAUUUCUCAAUUUUACUUUUCAUUCUUUAACUAAAUAUACUUUCCUGCAACCCGCCUCACCCAACGUGGAAAGGAUUCUAUUAUUUCUUUAUAACUUUUAUCAAGAACAUUAAGCUGAAACUAGCCUAGCUGCAACCGAAUGGCUACUUGCUAUUAGCCACCGUUAGCGUCUUCACCAUUGUCUGUGGCCUGCACUACCCACCAGCCAGCUCUAGCUCUAGCCUGGACAAUUUGUCGGCCAGUCUGCACAGCGUGCUAUCGACCCAGAGCAUAUCGGAUUUUCUGCCGGAAUCACUGGACCCUAGCGCCGGAUCAUCGCAACCAGCUAGCUGCAACCAAAUGGCUGUUGUCGUUGGCUAAUUACCAUUGCCCCUUAGCAAGCACACAUUAGCCUUGAGCUAGCCUCGAGCCAGGCCCAUCUCCCGGCUAUCUACCUCUCUGUCAACUGGACGGGACCUCCUAGUGUUGACACAGAGCCCCGCCGAUCCAACACGACUGGUUUGCCGACAAAAUCGUCUGAUGUGGUUUCAACAGGCUUCCCGUUAUGACGUCGACCACGAAGAUCCAUCUGCUAGCCCCGGCCCGCUAGCACACGCAAGCCGGGCCUCUUGCUCGCCAGUGCUGUAGCAGCCCCCGAACUACCUCCGAACUCUCCUAUUGCUGUUCACCGGACCUUAUGAUAACUCAGCUAUACAGCUGAUGUCUGCUGGACUGUUCCUUUAUACGGUACCGCAUCCUGUUUAUGUUUAGCCUCAGCCCAAACUUUGUCACCAUUACCAGCUUUUGUCUUAGCUCUCUCGAAUAACACCUGUGAUUGCUUUAUGCCUCUCUCCCAUGUCAAUAUGCCUUGUUAUUGCUGUUUUGGUUAUUUCUUAUUGUACUAUUUCACUGUAGAGCCCCUAGCCCAGCUCAACCUGCCUUAGACAGCUCCUUUGUCCCACCCCCCAUACACGCAGAGACCGACUCAAUCGGUGCCUCCAGUGAUGCUAUCUCUUUCAUCGUUACCCAACGCUUAGGUUUACCUCCACUGUACUCAUAUCCUUCCAUAUCCUUGUCUGUACAUAAUGCCCUGAAUCUAUUCUACAACGCUCGGAAAUCUUCCCCUUUUUUUCUCUGUACCCAACGCACUAGAAGACCAGUUCUUAAAGCCUUUAGCCGUAUCCUUAUUCUACUCCUCCUCUGUUCCUCUGGUGAUGUAGAGGUUAACCCAGGCCCUGUAGCGCCCAGUAUCACUCCUACACCCCAGGCGUUAUCAUUUGUUGACUUCUGUAAUCGUAAAAGCCUUGGUUUCUUGCACGUUAACAUCCGAAGCCUCCUCCCUAAGUUUGAGUUAUUCACUGCGUUAGCACACUCCGCCAACCCUGAUGUUCUAGCAGUGUCUGAAUCCUGGCUUAGGAAGGCCACCCUUCUUUUCUAAAAUUAGCUGCCGAAAUUGUCACAACCCCUAUUACUAGCCUGUUCAACCUCUCUUUCGUAACGUCUGAGAUCCCCAGAGAUUGGAAAGCUGCCGCGAAUGAACUGCAAAAAUCUCUGAAGCUGGAGACUCUUAUCUCCCUCACUAACUUUAGGCUUCAGUUGUCAGAACAGCUUACCGAUCACUACACCUGUACACAGCCCAUCUGUAAUUAGCCCAUCCAACUACCUCAACUCCAUAUUGUUAUUUAUUUUGCUAAUUUGCACCCCAGUAUCUCUAUUUGCACAUCUAUCAUUCCAAUGUUAAUACGAAAUUGUAACUAUUUUGCACUAUGGCCUAUUUAUUGCCUUACCUCCAUAAUUUACUACAUUCGCACACACUGUAUAUAUAUUUUCUGUUGUAUUUUUGACUUUAUGUAUUGUUUACCCCAUAUGUAACUCUGUGUUGUUGUUUUUAUCGCACUGCUUUGCUUUAUCUUGGCCAGGUCGCAGUUGUAAAUGAGAACUUGUUCUCAACUGGCUUACCUGGUUAAAAAAAUGGUGAAAUAAAAAUAAAAAAUAAAUAGACCUACUACAUACAGUGGUUUGCGAAAGUAUUCACCCCCCCUUGGCAUUUUUCCUAUUUUGUUGCCUUACAACCUGGAAUUAAAAUGGAUUUUUGGGGGGUUUGUAUCAUUUUAUUUACACAACAUGCCUACCACUUUGAAGAUGCAACAUUUUAUUUUUGUGUGAAACAAACAAGAAAUAAGACAAAAAACAUAACUAUUAACCCCCCCCCCCAAAGUCAAUACUUUGUAGAGCCACCUUUUGCAGCAAUUACAGCUGCAAGUCUCUUGGGGUAUGUCUCUAUAAGCUUGGCACAUCUAGCCACUGGGAUUUUUGCCCAUUCUUCAAGGCAAAACUGCUCCAGCUCCUUCAAGUUGGAUGGGUUCCGCUGGUGUACAGCAAUCUUUAAGUCAUACCACAGAUUCUCAAUUGAAUUCCAAAACCACUCGAGUGUUGCUUUAGCAGUAUGCUUAGGGUCAUUGUCCUGCUGGAAGGUGAACCUCCGUCCCAGUCUCAAAUCUCUGGAAGACUGAAACAGGUUUCCCUGAAGAAUUUCCCUGUUUUUAGCGCCAUCCAUCAUUCCUUCAACUCUGACCAGUUUCCCAGUCCCUGCCGAUGAAAAACAUCCCCACAGCAUGAUGCUGCCACCACCAUGCUUCACUGUGGGGAUGGUGUUCUCGGGGUGAUGAGAGGUGUUUGGUUUGCGCCAGACAUAGCGUUUUCCUUGAUGGCCAAAAAGCUAAAUUUUUGUCUCAUCUGACCGGAGUACCUUCUUCCAUAUGUUUGGGGAGUCUACCACAUGCCUUUUGGCGAACACCAAACGUGUUAAGCAAUGUCUUUUUUCUGGCCACUCUUCAGUAAAGCCCAGCUCUGUGGAGUGUACGGCUUAAAGUGGUCCUAUGGACAGAUACUCCAAUCUCUGCUGUGGAGUUUUGCAGCUCCUUCAGGGUUAUCUUUGGUCUCUUUGUUGCCUCUCUGAUUAAUGCCCUCCUUGCCUGGUCCGUGAGUUUUGGUGGGCGGCCCUCUCUUGGCAGGUUUGUUGUGGUGCCAUAUUCUUUCAAUUUUUAAUAAUGAAUUUAAUGGUGCUCCGUGGGAUGUUCAAAGUUUCAGAUAUUUUUUUAUAACUCAACCCUGAUCUGUACUUCUCCACAACUUUGUCCCUGACCUGUUUGGAGAGCUCCUUGGUCUUCAUGGUGCCGCUUGCUUGGUGGUGCCCCUUGCUUAGUGGUGUUGCAGACUCUGGGGCCUUUCAGAACAGGUGUAUAUAUACUGAGAUCAUGUGACAGAUCAUGUGACACUUAGAUUGCACACAGGUGGACUUUAUUUAACUAAUUAUGUGACUUCUGAAGGUAAUUGGUUGCACCAGAUCUUAUUUAGGGGCUUCAUAGCAAAGGGGGAGAAUACAUAUGCACGCACCACUUUUCCGUUAUUUAUUUUUUAGAUUUUUUAGAAACAAGUAAUUCUUUUAAUUUCACUUCACCAAUUUGGACUAUUUUGUGUAUGUCCAUUACAUGAAAUCCCAAAUAAAAAUCCAGUUAAAUUACAGGUUGUAAUGCAACAAAAUAGGGAAAACGCCAAGGGGGAUGAAUAAAUUUUGCAAGGCACUGUACACCCCAUUAUAUAUUUUUUGUUAAAACAGAAUAGGCUAUAUUCUCUUGUCCCCAUUUUAUGAGGUGUACCCAUUAAUCCAAUAGUAAACAGAUACACUCAGGUUAAAUAGAUAAUAUAUACAGGGUGAUAAUACUGUAUAUCCAAUAUGGAUCCAGUAAUAUUUUCCAUCUUAGAUUCGCUAUAGGGGUUAAAGCCUGACAACUGAGCUGAUUCCAUAUUAGAUCACUCAUUCAGUAAUGGGAUGUGUAAAGUGCAGUGCCCAUUGUAGAGACCAGGAGAGGAAUUCAACUUCUUACGCUUGUGCACCUCUCCAUAAUCGCUGCCCCCUAGCUAACUGAAGCGUUGCCUACAUAUACUGGCCUCUCAAUCACCAGGACACUGACUGAGUUGUUCCAGAAAGAACCAGUCGCACAUAAACCCAGCAAUAAACUUGCAAUAAAACCUGGCCAUUCUGGGGCCUGCAGCGGAAGGCCACGCAUUGAUUCUGAGAGAGUCAGGGAGAUUAUUACCAGUGUAAGAUGGACUCUCAAAAGAGUCAGACCAUUGUUACCUUAUGAUCUUGAAAGCUAAGAUUAUUCUUUAAUUCUAGACACCCUGGUAUCCCACAUUCAGAGCCUUUCUCCAGCUGCCCCCAACCCCACCUCUCACCCGGGGGAUUUCUCCUGUUAAUCCCUCCAGGAAUGUGGCUUUGGUUACGGAGAGGAUGCCCGGUGUGUGCCCUGCAGAAGCAGCCGCUUCAAAGAGGAUAGGAGCCUGCAGAAGUGUAAGCCCUGCCUGGACUGUGGCCUGAACAACCGCUUCCAGAAGGGCAACUGUUCCACCACCAGAAAUGCUGUGUGCGGAGACUGUCUGCCUGGGUGAGGGAAGAGCUUAAUCACUUCCAACAACUACUCUACUUCUACUACCAGUGUACUACUACUCUGUUACUACAGAUAAUGGUCAAAGUAUUGGUUCAUUACUGCACACAAUCAAUUAAGCAGAUUUAUGAGAACUUUCAUAACAACCAAUGCUAUGUUGUGUUUAACAGGUUUUACAGGAAAACUAAGCUGAGCGGAUUCCAAGAUAUGGAGUGCAUACCAUGUGGGGACCCUCCACCUCCAUAUGAACCACAC